CCAGGCCGGGCAGCGGCUGCCGGAGGGCCCACAGCUGUCUGGGGCACAGAGGCCCCCGGCUCCCAGGAGCCCAGGCUGGCCUAGGCCCCUUGUCUUUCCCUCGAAGCCCCACGAGGUCGGGAACGGCACUCAAGGCGGUGCUUGGGCCCUGGCCCCACUCCGGCCCCUGGAGGGCUGCCUGCCUCGAACCCAGAGCCAGGAUUCUGUCUCCUGCCUACACUCCAGCUCCAUGUCCCGGGCGUCUCCUGCGCUGGGGAGCGGGCUCUUUGCAUCCACCAGCUGCUCUGCGUCCCAGGGUCCCAAGAAGGGCAGCCCAGCAACAGACAGAAAGGGCAGGGCUGCAGCGAUGCCCGACUCCCCGGCCGAGGUGAAGACGCAGCUCCGGGCCACGCCCCCCAGCAUGCCACCCCCACCGCCCGCCCCAGCCCAGGAGGCCACGCGACACCCCUCCUUCACACCCCAUACACAUGGAGAGGAUGGGCCAGCGAUGUCUCUGCCCCACGGCCGCUUUCACGGCUGCUUAAAGUGGUCUAUGGUCUGUCUCUUGAUGAAUGGCAGCAGCCACUCUCCGACGGCCGUCCACGGCGCCCCCUGCACACCCAACGGCUUCAGCAAUGGCCCGGCCACCUCAUCCACAGCCUCACUGUCCACUCAGCUCCUGCCCCCAGCCUGUGGGGCGCGGCAGCUAAGCAAGCUCAAGCGCUUCCUCACCACCCUGCAGCAGUUUGGCAGCGACAUCUCCCCGGAGAUCGGGGAGCGCGUGCGCACGCUGGUGCUGGGGCUUGUGAACUCCACGCUGACCAUCGAGGAGUUUCAUUCCAAGCUGCAGGAGGCCACCAACUUCCCUUUGCGGCCAUUCGUCAUCCCCUUCCUGAAGGCCAACCUGCCCUUGCUGCAGAGGGAGCUCCUGCACUGCGCCCGCCUGGCCAAGCAGACCCCCGCCCAGUACCUUGCCCAGCAUGAGCAGCUCCUGCUGGAUGCCAACGCCUCCUCCCCCAUCGACUCCUCGGAGCUCCUGCUGGAGGCCAGUGAGCAUGGCAAGAGGAGGAGGGCCCCUGACAGGACCAAAGAGAAUGGGUCAGACCGGGACCCGCUGCACCCCGACCACCUCAGCAAGAGGCCGUGUGCCCUGAGCCCUGCCCCGCGCUACAGCCCCAGCAACGGGGUGCACCCCCCCACACCGCCGCACUACCGCCUCGAGGACAUGGCUGCGGCCCACCACCUCCGGGACCCCUGCCACCAGGCUGACCCGCAGGAGCCGCGGGACCACCGUCGGCAGCUCGUGGUGCCCGGGUCCCGGCAGGAGGAGGUCAUCGACCACAGGCUCACGGAGCGCGAGUGGGCAGAGGAGUGGAAGCACCUCAACAACCUCCUCAACUGCAUCAUGGACGUGGCAGAGAAGACGCGGCGGUCGCUCACUGUGCUCCGCCGGUGCCAGGAGGCUGACCGCCAGGAGCUCAACCGCUGGGUCCGGCGCUACAGCGAUGCUGAGGACAAGAAGGGCCCCGCGCCAGCCCCCGCCCGGCCCCUCAACAGCUCCACUGGGGCAGAGGGGGCUCAGCUAGAGGUCCACCGGGAGUUCAUGCCCAGGACCCUCUCCGGCUACAUGCCCGAGGAGAUCUGGAGGAAGGCUGAGGAGGCCGUGAACGAGGUGAAGCGGCAGGCCAUGUCAGAGCUGCAGAAGGCCGUAUCGGACGCGGAGAGAAAGGCCCACGAACUCAUCAGCACAGAGCGUGCCAGGAUGGAGCGGGCCCUGGCCGAGGCCAGGCGGCAGGCCUCGGAGGACGCCCUGACGGUCAUCAACCAGCAGGAGGACUCCAGCGAGAGCUGCUGGAACUGCGGGCGAAAGGCAAGCGAGACGUGCAGUGGCUGCAAUGCGGCACGCUACUGUGGCUCCUUCUGCCAGCACAAGGACUGGGAGAGGCACCACCACGUGUGCGGCCAGGGCCUGCAGGGCCCCACAGCCCUGGCAGCCGACCCAGUGCCCGGACCGCCCGACGCCACCAGCAGCCUGGGCCCCUGCCUGCCCGGGGGUGCCACCAGCCCCGGCGAGGACAGCAACGCAGGGCCUUCCCGGCCUGGCUCCCCGGGCCCCCCUGGCCCUCUGGACGCUGCACCCCACUGACCCUUCCAGACCCCAAAACCUGGCCCACGGAUGCCACGCCCACCCCGGGACCGACUGAUGGAGCCACUACUACUGCUUGUCUCCAAAAGAACCCAGAACCAGCAAAAACGGCAUUCAAUGCACCUUCCUCAGCCAGCUGCCGGCCUCACGGGGUGACCUCCGACCUCCGACCUCCGGGAGCAUCCUCAGGACCUCCCACCGAGCUUUAGACAGCAGAGCGCGCGGAGGUGGCCGUUCCAUCCACUGCUGCGCAUCUCUCUCUCUCUCUCUCGUUUUUCUAUGACUUUUACACACUUUCUUUUGGAAAAAAAUGGGAAAAAUUAUCUAGUUGUUCAAUGGCUUAUAUUUUCAGUGAAGAAUUUUGGGAGCUUUUGUGGCAAAAGAAGGACUCGGACAUGGACAAAGAAAACUGGGUUUUUUUCCCUUCCCAAUUAAAAAGGGAAAAAGAAAACCGUUAUUUUAUAGCCAGAGAUCUGAGCCACCGUGUCACUGAAACCACCCCAAGGGUCGUGUGGCUGAUUCGGUGAAGAUGGUAAGAAAGAUUUCAAUUUCCAACUCAAGAAGCAUUUUGGUUUCAGAUUAUUUGUCCUGUAAUGUCAAACUCUUUGGCUUUAAGUAAAAAUCCAAAAAAAAGUUUAUUUAAGAAAAAGCAAAGGACACCUACCUGUAAACUACCUUGCCAGCUAGCCAGCCAAGGAUGCCGGACAUACCUCUGGUCCAAAGGAAAUCCAAAAAGCAGACCCCAGAUGUCAAAAUCCAAAAUGUUUUCUCACUGCCAAAGUUAUUUCUUCUCCCCUGUCUGCUCGGGUUUGCCCAGAUGUCUGUCUUCUCUCUCGCUUUGGUUCACUUCCUGGUGUUUUGGAGUUUGCAAACCAGAAGCAGCCUUUGGCCUUUGUUUCCCCGCCUCCAGACAGCCACGCCUCCUCGGGAACAGGGAGACCCCCGUGUGUGCUCACGCCCUCUGUGGAUCUUCACCACACUUCCUCUUUCCCACUUGUGAAAAAGUGCUGACAUGUCCCUCCUGAGCACAAUCUGAACGCAACAAACUGCGACAAUCUUCUGGGUUGAUUUCUGACUGCUUUGCAAACAUGAGAAGACACAGCUGCGCCCGUCGCUAACUUCUCCUCUCCGAGCCCCUCCUCUACCUCUGCGCCCGCGGCUCACCUGCCCGCUCACCCGCCCACCCCAGCGUCCUUUCUUCACACUUUUGCAGAAAAAGGAGAAAACCACACACAAGAGCGGGCCACCCUGGCCGCACUUUGAGACCUGGUCAGCUGUACAUACCCCGUGUUUCCAGUCAGCCGCUCCUCAGGGGGUUCUCUUGGACCCCCCCACGCCCCCACCCCACUCCUCUAGCGAUCUCAAGGAGGAAUAAAAAAUCAGGGCCGUGUCGCUGUGCUCGGCGGGAGAGCCGACAGCGUUCAUGGUUCCCGACCUGGCGUUUCUUGUCAAGAAGUCCCCAGGCCUGCAGUGCAAUAUGGGAGCGGCCAGCCACUGAAAUGGGCUCCCGGGGGCUCUGCCGAGAGGCGGGAAGUCAGUAGUAAACGUUAAUGUGAAUGUAUAUAGUCCUUGCAGAGGUCCAAAUAAUGAUGUUCAUGAUGAUAAUAAAGAAGAGAUGUUCGCCAAAUAAAAAAAAAUUUAAGAAAAA